UCUAGCAACAGAUGUAUACAGUCCAAUUUAUGACCUCUUGAAAGGCUUCCACUUUUUCUCUCUAUGGUUUUCAUCUCAGUUGAGUAAUUUUAUAGCCGCAAUCUCCGUUAUAAAAGGCGCAGGUACUCCAGGCAGGUUCGUGGGUAAAAGUUCAGUAAUUACCUUCUCUCAGAACUUCAGAGGGAACACAUGAGACGGGGAGGACUGGUGGCGGCAGGACGGUACGCAGGGUUGUGUGGCGGGUUGUUAAAACUGGUUCAAAUCUUUAUUUAAUCCAAUUAAUUAUUAUUUAUUUUUUAAAAAUCAGGACCGACUGAUUUAAAAAGCUGUGCUGGCUUGGUUAGCAUGAGACGAGUCAAGCUGACGUCACGACGCGGGCUAGUGAAAGAACAAACGGACAAAACAAAUGAAAUCAAAUAGUGGUUAAUAAGUAAGACUGCAGAGGAAGACACGGGAACAAACAGAGGCUUUAUUUGAGAGGAGUCGGGCUGACGGAAACAGCGCUCCGCCCGGGAUCGGCGUCACGGUUUGGCCGCGGCGACCUGCCUAGCUCAGAUCCAGAGAUCCGACAGGUGCCGAGAGCGCUGGCGACCGGACCCCCCGCCCCGCCGUCCUCACGCCGGCCAGGAACGGAUGCUUCCCCAAGUUGUGGCUGCGGCGGAUGAACUUCGGGAGCGUUCUCGUGUGUCGCUAUCGCGGACGCUUAAUAAUCAACUCCGCACCCUUUACUCUGAGUAGAGCGGUGACUGAACGAGCGCUAACGGCGAGCCCGGAGCCGCGGCAGCCCCUCUGCUGCAGCCGUCGGCCACGGACACACAGAGACCGGCGUAAAGGCUUCUGCAGCGAGCAGGACUGGAAGAAACUAACCCAGCUCUGAUGGGGACGUUUAUUUCGGCAUUGUGAGACUGAAAUUAACAGGCAGAGGCAGAGAGAGUCGCUGACUGAAGGGUCAGAGACCGAGGAGACUCUAACUUGAAGAACGAUGAGCUUUUUAUCUCGGCGAGGCAGAAAGGACCCCACGCCUAAAUCGGACACCUCCCUCCAAACGAAGCCGGGGUCAUCAUAGCCAUCAGCAUCGCCGGUACCAUUCAUCUGCACUGUCUUAAUAAGCCGUGACCAAUCUGCCCCCGAGGGAGAAUUUCAGUGCCGGGUUCCCCAUGGAGAACGCGGAGAACCUGCAGGCGAAUGGCACAUCGCUGGAGGGCACCGCUGUGGAGAGGGUGCUCCUGCCGGUGCUGGAGGUCUUGAUCACGAUGACGGGGCUGCUGGGCCACUCGCUGGUGGUGGUGAUCCUGAUGGGCCGUCGGCGGCAGCGGCGGGGGGGGGGUGCCCACGGCACGGACACACUCCUCCUGGCGCUCAGCGGCGCCGACCUGCUGCUGCUGGUUUGCCUACCGUUUCACACGGCGGCAGCAGCACUGGGCCGCUGGCCCUUUGGUACCGUCCUCUGCAAGGCGGUCAGCUUCCUGGGCACGGCCUGCUCCUGUGCCAGCGCCUUCACCCUGGCCGCACUGGCCGUCUCCCGCUACCUGACGGUAGUGCGUCCCACGUCGGCGCUGCGUGCCCGCGCCCACCGCCACCUCUGGCUGCUGGCCGGCACUCUCUGGCUCCCCGCCGUAGCCCUAGCCGCCCCGCAGUUUGCCUUCCGCGCCAUGGAUCCAUCCAGCCAGCUGUACUGCUUCGCGUUCCUGUCCGACAUCAGCCAGCUGGUCUACAGCAUCGCCUUCUUCCUGAUGGCCUUCGCCCUGCCGCUGGCCGUCAUCAUCCUCAUGUACUCUCGGAUUUACUGGUUCCUGAGGGCGAGGAGGCGCACAGGCCUGGCACCCCAGCUGGAGCGCUACCAGAACCAGGUGACGCGGACCUCGGGGCUGCUGGUGAUAGCCUUCACGCUGUGCUGGCUGCCCUCCUACGUGCUCAUGUUCAGCCUGCUUGGCCGGGGUCUGCACCACGCACCCCGCAACGGCCCCCUGGCCAUCGUGGCCCGCUUGCUCGCCAUCUCCUCCACCGUAGCCAACCCCAUCCUCUACGUCUUCAUGUCGCACAAGUUCCGCAGCGACCUGCUGCGUGUGUGCCGGGGUGCCUCUUGCAGGGGGGGUCCUUCCCGGGGAUGCUGCUGUCCAGGCCGCUCCGCUGACACGGGGAAACACAAUGACCCAGUAGAACUGUCCCCUCCUCCCCAGACUAAGGGGGGGUCAGGCAGAGAAGCUUCCGGAAAACAUCCCCCUGAAGCAGCCGUGGAUACACAGACCGAACGCAGAGGACAGACUAAACCCUGAACAAACCUGCCCGUCGGCGAAACAUUCACACAAAACAGUAAAACCCAAAACCUUUCCGCAUGUGUGUUAAAUACUGCAAGAAAUGAGUCUCUUGCCUUUAUUUGUUCAAUGUAAAAAGAAUUCCAGCUUUUAUCUAGACUGUCCCGAUCAAAAGCGCUGUUUUGGUUUCCCGGCUGGAGCUGAUAAGGGGAACAGCUCUGGGUUCGAAGAAGCCCAGCUGAGGGUGAUCAGCAGCGCGCUGCUCUGCAUGGCCCAGAUGUCGGCUCACGGA